AUGAAGAGGAUCAUCAAGCAUGUAUUGGAUACGAAAGGACUUGGAUUGAAAAUUGCACCAGUGAUUGGAUCUAAAAGUUUACUAUGGAACGUUGUUGCGUUUUCUGACAGUGAUUAUGCAGGAGACCCAGAUUCGAGAAAAUCAGUGAGUGGUUUUAUUGUUUAUCUAUGUGGAGUUCCAAUCUGUUGGAGAAGCAAAGCGCAACGAACAGUGACUUUGAGCAGCGCAGAAGCAGAGUGGAUUGCCUUGAGUGAAGUGGCAAAAGAAGUAUUAUUUAUUGCACAGAUCCUGGAAACCAUGGGAGUGAAAGUCGAAUAUCCGAUUGUUAUUCGAGUUGAUAAUACCGCGGCAAUUUUCAUGGCGACAAAUGUCACAACGAACCAGAGAACACGACACGUGGACAUUCGCACAAAAUUCGUAACACAAUACACUGGACCGGAUGGUAUUUUGAAGAUUCUAUUUGUGAAAGGAACUGAUAAUGAAUCCGACAUCAUGACAAAGAAUGUAACUGGAAACCUACAUGAGAAACACAUCCCAAAGAUGAUGACAAAUAUCGACGAAGGAACUACAAAAUAG